AUGCAUCACUCUCUAGCUGUUACUAGCCUCGCUGCUGCUGGACUAGCUCUCCAGGCGGCCGCAGCCGACUCCCCUGGAUGCGGCACAGAUCCCACUCUCGGCAGCGGAGUCAACUCUCUAGACGUCAAUGGCCAGCCUCGUGAAUACAUUAUCCAGCCGCCCGAGAACUACGACGCCAGUAUCCCCCACAAGCUCGUGAUAGGGUACCACUGGCGCGACGGCACAAUGGACAACGUCGUCGAAGGCGGAUUCUACGGGCUGAGCUACCUCGCCGCCGAUGUUCCCACUAUAUUCGUCGCACCCCAGGGGCUAGACAACGGCUGGGCAAACACGAAUGGCGACGACAUCGCCUUCACCGACCAGCUCCUCGAAGCGGUCGAGUCCUCCUACUGCAUCGACCAGGAGCGCCGCUUCGCCACGGGCUGGAGCUGGGGCGGAGGCAUGAGCUACUCGGUUGCAUGCUCGCGCGCAGACGUGUUCCGCGCUGUUGCGGUGCUCUCGGGUGCCGAAAUCAGCGGCUGCGAUGGUGGUGAUCUCCCAAUUGCGUACUUCGGGCAGCAUGGGAUUAGUGAUAGCGUGUUAGGGAUUGAGCUCGGCCGUACGCUGCGAGAUCACUACGUUGAGGUCAAUGGAUGUGAUCCGGCGACCCCUGAAGAGCCGGCGCCGGGCAGUGGAGUGCAUACCCUCACGGAUUACUCGAAUUGCGCCUCAGGGUACCCUGUCCAGUGGGUGGCGUUUGAUGGUGAUCAUAUACCGAAUCCUACAGAUGCGGGUUCUUCCGACUCGUUUACCGGUGGGCUUAUUUGGGAUUUUAUCUCUCAGUUUUAG